UGAUCCUGAAUGUAUUAUGCGUGUACCAUCUCCGCCGUACUUGCUAGCUACCGUAGCUGUAGUGUGUCUUUUCUAGUUGCGCUAAACACAUCGCAUCGACGGUCGAGAUGGCUGAGAAUGACGUUGAUAAUGAGCUCCUUGACUAUGAGGAGGAUGAGGAGCCCCAGGGCCUGUCUGAGAGUGCAGCACCAGCAGGCAAAAAGGAGGUGAAGGGUUCUUACGUGUCCAUCCACAGCUCCGGAUUCAGAGAUUUUCUCCUCAAACCAGAGCUGCUUCGUGCUAUUGUUGACUGUGGUUUUGAACAUCCUUCAGAAGUCCAACACGAGUGCAUUCCUCAAGCUAUUUUGGGCAUGGAUGUCCUGUGCCAGGCAAAGUCUGGCAUGGGAAAGACUGCUGUGUUUGUGUUGGCUACCCUGCAGCAGAUAGAACCCGUGGAUGGUCAGGUAUCUGUCCUUGUGAUGUGCCACAUACGAGAGUUGGCCUUCCAGAUCAGCAAAGAAUACGAGCGCUUCUCAAAAUAUAUGCCCACCGUAAAGGUGUCUGUGUUCUUCGGCGGCCUGUCCAUUAAGAAUGAUGAGGGUGUCUUGAAGAAGAAUUGCCCCCACAUAGUUGUAGGAACUCCAGGAAGAAUCUGGGCCCUAAUCCGCAACAAGUGUCUGAACUUGAAGAACAUUAAACACUUUGUGCUUGAUGAGUGCGAUAAGAUGCUGGAACAGCUGGACAUGAGGAGCGACGUUCAAGACAUCUUCAGGCUUACGCCGCAUGAGAAGCAGGUUAUGAUGUUCAGUGCAACAUUAAGCAAGGAGAUCCGCCCUGUGUGUCGCAAGUUUAUGCAGGAUCCCAUGGAAGUGUUUGUGGAUGAUGAGACCAAGUUGACACUUCACGGUCUUCAGCAGUAUUACUGCAAGCUGAAAGACAGUGAGAAGAACCGCAAGCUCUUUGAUCUGCUCGAUGUCCUGGAGUUCAAUCAGGUGGUGAUUUUUGUGAAGUCGGUGCAACGCUGUGUGGCUCUGUCUCAGCUCCUGGUGGAACAGAACUUCCCUGCUAUCGCCAUCCAUCGGGGCAUGGCACAGGAGGAGAGGUUAUCUCGGUACCAGCAGUUUAAAGACUUCCAGCGACGUAUCCUGGUUGCCACCAACCUCUUUGGCCGAGGCAUGGACAUUGAGCGAGUCAACAUCGUCUUCAACUAUGACAUGCCUGAAGAUUCUGACACAUACCUUCACAGAGUGGCACGUGCUGGUAGGUUUGGGACCAAAGGCCUGGCCAUCACCUUUGUGUCGGACGAGACUGAUGCCAAGACCCUGAAUGAGGUCCAAGACCGUUUCGAGGUCAAUGUAGCAGAGCUGCCAGAGGAGAUCGACAUCUCCUCUUACAUUGAGCAGUCGAGAUGAGUCUGACGUUUCCACUGAAGAGCGUGUGUUCCUUGGUGUUACUGUAUUAUGGUGAAGAAUACAAAUAUUUUAAAGUUCCCCCAUGUGUUUGCAAAUUUGUAAUGAUUUAAAAAAAGGCUUUCUUUUUU